AUGAUGAAGGUCGGAGUAAACAAAUUUGGCUGUACUAGGCUCUUAGUCACCAGAACUGCUUUUAACUCUGGCAAAGUAGACAUUGUUGCCAUCAGUUAUUCCUUCAUUGACCUGAAUUACAGGGUCCACAAAUUCCAGUAUGAUUCCAUCCAUGGCAAAUUCAAUCACACAGUGAAGACUGAAAAGGAGAAGCAGGCAUUGGAGGACCUCCUCAAGGGCAUGCUAGGCUAUACUGAGGAGCAGGUUGUCUCUUGUGACUUUAACAGUGACCCCCAUUCUUCUACCUUCUAUGCUGGGGCUAGCAUUGCUCUUGAUGACCACUUUGCCAAGCUCAUUUGCCAGUUUGACAAUGAAUUUAUCUAUAGCAACUGGCUGGUGGACCUUAUGGUCCACAUGGCCUCCAAGGAAUAAGAGCUCCCUGGACCACCAGCCCCAGCGAGAGCAAGAGGAAGAGAAACAGAGAGACCCUCAGCUGC